AUGUUGCUCCUGAGGUUCGGUGGUCGAAGGACAUUGGUGCAAUGCAGUCGUCUGCCCGGCAGCAGCAUCGGCAACAAUCGUCUUCUUCAUACAUUCCCGUUGUCAUCGACGUACCGCCGGCCUUCACUCAGGCGAGUUGCCAUUCCCACCACCACCUCGAACAUCGCCAACGGCCUCCUGCGCCCAUGCCCUGGACAUGUGGCCCUCUACGCAUCUGAGAGUGAUGGCAAACCGCCCAGCACGGCAAGCAAGAUCGCAGCGAAGCUCCCGACGCUCCCGAAGAACAUUCAUGAAGACAUCCGAACCCUGCCGAACCUGCUGACGCUCUCUCGUCUCGUCGCCGCGCCCUUCGUCGGCUACUUUAUCCUCCACGACCAACACGCCUGGGCGCUAGGCCUGUUCGCAUAUGCAGGAGUGACGGACCUGCUGGACGGCUGGAUCGCGCGGCGGUGGAAGCAGCAAACGGUCGUCGGUACCGUUAUCGAUCCCAUGGCCGACAAGAUGCUCAUGACCAUCUUGACGGUGUGUCUGGCUGCGCAGGGGUCGCUUCCGGUGUGGCUCGCGACCAUCAUCCUCGGCCGCGACGUCGGCCUCGCCAUGUCCGCCAUUUACUACCGCUGGAUUUCCCUGCCGCCUCCCAAAACCUUUGCACGAUACUGGGACUUUUCACUGCCCUCAGCCGAGGUCCGUCCUACAACGAUAAGCAAGUACAACACGUUCCUCCAGCUCGUCCUCAUCGGCAUGACGACUGCCGCCCCUGUUUUCAGCUAUGAUAUCUCGACGCCGUUGACCAUCAUGCAGUACAUCGUAGCUACCACAACUGUCUGGAGCGGCGCGAGCUACAUCUACACCAAAGACGCGGUCAAGAUCUUGACCUCGCCCAAGACACCGCCCACCAAGGGUUGA